UGGUUCGUCGAUUUAAUCGCCGCCAUUAUUGCUAUGGCAACGUUUCGGGGUAAACAAUCAACAAUCGCAGAUGAAAAGUUUAUUUGAGUGAAAAUUUUAGUCCUAAUGGGAUAAUAGUACACAUCAUAAUCACAUUUAUUUAAUUUUACUGCAGGAUGUUCAUCUAUCUCAGUAAAAAGAUCGCUAUACCGAAUAAUACUCGGCUUAACUGCAUAGCAUGGAACAAGGAACAAGGCUACGUCGCCGUUGGAGGAGAAGAUGGUCUCCUGAAGGUGCUCAAAUUGGAACAAGCUACGGCAACUACGGCGCAAUCAGGAAAGUCUUUGCAACCCUCGAACCUUUCGAUGAAUCAAACCCUGGAAGGACACAAAUCGUCCAUCCAUGUCGUUACGUGGAACGAAUCGCAGCAGAAGCUGACCUCUUCUGACAAGGAUGGAGUCAUCAUGGUUUGGAUGAUGUAUAAAGGAUCCUGGUACGAGGAAAUGACUAACGAUAGGAAAAAGUCCACGGUCAAAGGGAUGGCGUGGACAAGUGAUGGACAGAAAAUAUGUAUUGUUUACGAUGAUGGGACUGUGAUAGUUGGAUCAGUGGAUGGAAAUCGAAUAUGGGGUAAGGAUCUGAAAAACGUGUCUUUGACAGGCGUCCAAUGGAGUCCAGAUGGUCGAUUGCUUCUGUUCAGUAUAAAAACAGGCGAACUUCAUCUCUAUGACAACCAAGGAAUAUUUGUAAUGAAGCUCAACAUUCAGUGCGUUUACAUCACUCCUUCGAAAAGUAUAACGGUCGUGGGAUUGUGCUGGUUUCACGAUGCUGUGUCUCCCCAAAGGCCAGUGUUGGCAGUAUGCUAUGAAAAUGGCAAAAUGCAGAUCAUGAGGAAUGAAAAUGACGACGCUCCUGUUAUCGUCGAUACCAAUAUGCAGGCAAUAUCCUGCAUGUGGAAUCAUGAUGGCACAAUAAUAGCCGUUUGUGGAAUGAAAACCAAUCUGAAUGACAAAGAAACCAACCAAGUUCAAUUUUAUACUCCCUAUGGAGUGCACAUCCGAUCAUUGAAAAUACCUGGCAAAGAGAUCACUUCCCUGUCGUGGGAGGGCAAAUCUCUUCGGAUCGCCUUAUCCGUUGACUCAUUCAUAUACUUUGCCAAUAUUCGUCCGGAUUAUACUUGGUGCUAUUUCAACAAAACCGUCUGCUAUCUGGAGGCUACAAAAACCGAAGACUCUUCUCUGGUUUCGUUUUGGGACACCAAUUCAAACCAGUGCUACUCGAAACAAGUGGAUCCCAUCAUUGCCAUGACGGCAACCACCGACCAUUGCGUACUUGCCGUGGAGACCAAAAUUAGCGCCAAGGAGUUUAGUUUUAUGAACGACAGCAGGAGCAAGGAUUAUAUGUAUCAGUUGCUGGUUUGCAAUUCAAUCAGCACCACUGUGGAUUCCAAAUACAUUGACAUCAGACCAAAUUUCAUAGCAAUGAACUCUACUCACGUAAUUGUUGCUUCAAAAGAUCAAUUUUUGUUGUGGCAUUACCAUACUCCGAAGGGAGCCUCGACUCUACAUGCAAAUGUGAAAGCUAAAAAAGACAAAAAGUAUCAUAUCGACGAUACCCCGGCCCUGGAAGUGAUCAAUGAUCUGGAUUCGAGCAAAACCUACGACAUCCCAAUCAGAAGCGAUCCCAGUCAGGAUCCGAUCUGCUGCAUAGCAGUUUCGGAGACCUUACUUCUCGUAGGUCGCGAAUCUGGUUUGCUACACGAGUACACGCUCCCACAUUUGGUCCUACGAAACCGUCAUUAUCUGCAGACUCGUACCUACAAGAUGGUCAUCAACUGUAACUCGACCCGUGCUGCAUUGAUCGAUUGUAAUGGUGUGUUGACGACGGUGGCGUUACGCGAAGAUCUUGACGAUAGCCAAGCGAUGGAAGGUCGAAUCGAACGCAAAGAUGUUUGGGCUAUCUGCUGGGCACGGGAUAAUCCACAGCUUUUGGCCAUCAUGGAAAAGACCCGAAUGUACAUUUUGCGUGGUGCGGAUCCGGAGGAACCGAUCACCUGCUCCGGAUACAUUUGUAAUUUUGAAGACUUGGAAAUAACGGGUGUUCUUUUGGAUGAAAUCAUCAAGGGAAACGCUAUUCCGAAUGUCAAGGAACAUAUUCUUCAACUACGAGUGAAAUCACUAAGAGAUACAGAAGAUCUUUUGUCGCACGUGGGCAUCUCGGAAGCAAAGCAAUUCAUCGAAGAUAACUCCCAUCCACGUUUGUGGAGACUGUUAGCUGAAGCAUCCCUGAAGAAACUUGACUUGGAAACGGCGGAAUCUGCUUUCGUACGUUGCAGCAACUAUCCGGGUAUACAGCUGAUUAAAAGGUUGAAAAAUAUUCAGGUAGAAGCGCUUCAAAGAGCUGAAAUUUGUGCUUUCUUUGGGCAAUUCGAUGAAGCUGAAAAACUUUACAUCGACACAGACAGACGUGACCUGGCUAUAACUUUGAGGCAAACACUUUGCGAUUGGUUCAGAACAGUCCAACUUUACAGAAUGGGCCCCGGCAUUUCUGAUCAGCAAAUGGAACAUGCUUGGAAGGAAAUUGGUCAUCAUUUCAUGAAUAUGAGAGCUUGGGAGAGUGCCAAGGAAUAUUAUGAAAAAGCGCAUUAUAUUGAAGGACUCAUGGAUACUCUCUAUCACCUGGAGCAAUACGACGAACUGGUAGGAUGUAUGCAUAAGCUUCCUGAAAAGAGUCCCCAGUUGGCGAAACUUGGACAAAUGUUGGCAACAGUUGGAAUGUGUGAACAAUCGGUGGCAGCAUAUCUCAAGCUUGGAGAUGUCAAGUCAGCAGUCUCCACUUGCAUAGGUCUCCGCCAAUGGGGGUUGGCUGUUGAGCUUGCUCAAAAAUACAAAAUGCCUCAAAUAAGUACUCUUCUUAGCAAGCAUGCGGCUCAUCUUUUGCAAGAAGGAAAACUUCCCGAAGCAAUUGAGCUACAGAAGAAAGCCGGUCGAUUUUUGGAUGCUGCAAGACUUUUGGUGAAAAUGGCCGAAAGCGAAGCAGAUAAGAAGUCAGAUUUUGUCAGAAUAAAACAGUUGUACGUUCUGUCUGGAUUACUUGCUGAAGAGCACAUAGAGAAACAGAUCUCGCUGACUGGAGGGAAUAGAGCUUCAGUGCUCUCUCAGAUGAACCCGGAAGACUCCGUUCUGAUCGAAAACAUUUGGCACCAUGCCGAAGCCUAUCACUAUAUGUUGUUGGGUCAACGUCAACUACGUUCUGGACUUCUACACAGUGCUGUCAUAACAGCUCUGCGUCUCCGGGAAUACGAAGAUGUAUUGGAUGUGGAAGCAUUGUAUUCGUUACUUGCUUUGGCCAGCUGUGCUGAUCGAUCUUUCGGCACUUGCUCAAAAGCAUUCAUCAAACUAGAAGGACUAGAGAAUAUCCCGGAAGUUCGACGGCAGCAGUUCGAGGAAUUGGCCAUCAAUAUAUUUUCACGGUACGAGCCGAAAGACGGGAAAUCGAAAAAUGUCACCUGUUUUACCUGUGAAACUCCGGUAGCCGAUAGCAGCACACUUUGCCCCAACUGUGGAAGUCAUUUCCCACCAUGCACAGCUUCGGGACAACCGUUGACAAACCCCACAGGAGCUUGGCAGUGCUCUACGUGUUAUCACGUGGCAAAUCCACUGGAAAUGUUGAUUCGGAAAACUUGCCCACUUUGCCACGCGCCGGUGGCAAUAAAGGGAGUUGUAGAAGUUUGAAUUUGCAAAUAAAGUUUGAUGUUUUACAUUUCACCCAACGUUA